CCUUCUCCUCCGAGUCCUCUCAGCGAGAUGACCAUGGCUUGCCGUCGUACUACGCUGGCUCUCGUCGCGGUGCUCUCUGCAGGCUUCUUCGCUCGUAAUGAUCUAGGGCUCGUUCUUGCUGCUCCUGCUCGUCGGGAUAUGGUCGCGUGGACUCCAAUUGAGGUCUCGAGGACGUUGACCAUCGGAAAUAGCUCGUUCUACGUCCCUGCCGAACCUGUGGCGUCGCUCCCUGGUGCGCCGCUCGUGGCAGAGAUUGUGCCGUUCACCGUGUUUGCGAGUACUGGGAAUGGAUCGUUGACGGAGGAGACUCUAGCGCAGACGGUGGGAGAGUGGGAUGCGAGUGAUGAUGUCUUUGACAGUAAUUUCUUGCAAGCUGUUAUGAUCCAGGGUUCAAGUUCCGGAUCUGCACAUGUGUCUUCGUCUGCGUUCUCGUUCUUCAGCGAGCACGGAACACAAGUAGUCUUGACGUCCGGCAAAGUCACCACGGAGAGCAGCCCUCUCAUCCCCACGAAAAACAUCGGAUCGGCUUCUCUCGCACCAGGCCCGUACAUCUUGGCAAGAGACGCCACAGGGAGUCCUGCGGUCUAUACACCCCUCCGUCUGCACUUCGACGUCACACAAAGUUUCUUCAAGUCCGUCACGCCGAAAUCCGAUGGCUCCUUCGUCGUCGUCUCCGCCUCCCUCGACACCGACUCGUCGCCCUACAUCGGCGUUCCCUCGAAGAUAUACGCCAUGUCGAAGAACAAGACCGAGGCGCCUUUGGCGGGCGUUAGGGUUAGCGUGAAGGAUAUUUAUUACCUGAAAGGCCUGAAAGCGAGCGCAGGGAAUCGACAUUUCUACUCGCUCUACCCGCCGAGGAACGCGACGGGACCGGCUGUAUCGAAGCUCAUGGACCUCGGGGCACAUAUCGUCGGGACGACGAAGACGGUGCAGUUCGCGAAUGGGGAUCGGGCGACUGCCGAUUGGGUCGACUAUCACGCGCCGUUCGUCCUCCGUGGAGACGGGAACGCGGAACCGUCGGGCUCGUCGACAGGUGCGGGGGCGGGGGUGUCUGCGCUUGAUUUUAUCGAUGUGGGUAUCGGGUCUGAUACGGGAGGAAGCAUUCGGGGCCCGGCGGGUGUGAAUGGGCUGUAUGGGAUUCGACCGAGUGUGGGGGCGAUCAGCUUGGACGAUGUGAUGCCUUUGAACGACGUGCUCGACACAGCCGGUUUCCUCGCCCGCGACCCACACCUCUUCGCCACCUUCGGCAAAUCAUGGUACAGCUCCAGCCCCUCCCUCUCCUCCUCCUCCUCAUACACGUCCUUCCCCACCCGCCUUCUCCUCUCGUCCGAGUUCGAAAGCGUUUCAGAGGACGCUAGGGCCGUUUAUGAUGAUUUCUUCGAUAAAGUGGGGGAGUAUUUGGGUGCGGAGGUGAGGGAUGUUGAUGUGUUGGGGUAUUGGAAUGAGACGGCGGGGGUGGAGAUUGGGGUGGGGUUGGAUGUGUGGGUUAACACGACAUACGCGGUGAUGGUGGCCUACCACCAAUGGACCGUCCUCGGGCAACCUUUCUUCGCGGAUUUCGCGGCGGCGAACGAGGGGCGCAAACCGCAUAUCAACCCGGCCGUGCUGGCGAGAUGGCAGUGGGGCGAAGCACAGGGCGCGGAUGGGUACGCCACGGCGUUGCAUGAACGGGAAACGUUCGAGGAUUGGGUGUCUGGGACGUUUUUUCACGAGGACGCACGAUCGUGCUCUGAUAGUCUCUUUUUCUACCCACAAAACGCGGGUGCGUACACUAGUCGGGAGGUCUAUUAUCCGAAUGCUGGGACACCGCCGUUUGGGUGGUGGAGUGGACAUAUCGGGGAUUUGGGAAGGUCGCCGGAUAUGGUCGUUCCGAUCGGCCAAAUCCCGUUCAACUCCACCAUCACGGGAAAAACGGAACAGUUGCCUGUGACGGUGAGUAUAGUAGCGCGAAGGGGCUGCGAUUUUAUGUUGUUGGAUUUGUUGGAGGGGCUUGCGGAGAGGGGGAUCGUGCGGAGUGUGAAGACGGGGAGGGAGGCGUUUUGAUGUGGGUGGGGAGGUUACUUUUGAUUGUAAAGCCUGCGAGCCUGAUGGAUGGAAUGAAUAGAAGCAAGAAGGGUGCAUGCAUAAGUUACAUCGGGUAGUGUGAAGUAUGUGUAGAGUAGAGGUGGAAUGAUGAAGCAUAAGUAGACAAGCAAGUGUGGCGGGGCUACCGGACCCAAGUCGAGAUGAGCUCCUCGUGCAGGUUAAAGUACUGCAGAAUCUUUCCCUCCCGUCUACAGUUCCCCUCCCCACCCUGCUCCCACCUCACGAUCCACCGUCCAAGCACAUUCCCAGCCUUAUCCAUCGUCUCCGCCACGGUCUCUUCGCUCCCGGGUACAGGCACGCCGCUCCCCCCCGCCCGCUCCAUCUCCUCCUUCGGCAACUGGACCAUGUCGGCGAGCUCCCAUUUCGCAAAGGGACGGUCGGUGUCGGCGAUGAAGGCGGGGUCGUAGAUACGGGUGAUGCGGGGCUGGAGGAACAUGUUGAGCGUGGUGAGCUCGAGGACGCUUCCGCCCGCCACUGGGUCCGCCUCUGUCACUGUUCCUGACCCUGCGGAAGGACUGGGUGGUGGUGGCAUGCGAUGGAUGGCGGUGACGUAGGAUUUUCCGACCCAUGCGACGAGUGCGGUAGGGAUAGAAGAUGCGCCGAGGGUGAUGCCGACGAGGAUGAGGCGGACGGAGAAGGGGAGGGAGGAUUCGACGAGGAAGAAGAAGGGGGAGAUUGUGGCGGAGAGGGCGAGGGAGGAGAGAGAGAAGAGUUUGAGGCGGCGGUAGGUCAUCGCG